CGGGGCGGUGCGCGCGGGGUGCGCGGGCGGGCGCGGAUCGCGGCGGCGGCGGCGGCGGCGAUGGCUUUCGAGGCGCUGGCGGAGGCGGCGGAGCGGUGGUGCGCCCGCACGCCCUUCCAGCUCAUCGCCGCCGAGGAGACGGAGCGGCGCAUGGACUUCUACGCCGAGCCCGGCGUCUCCUUCUACGUGCUCUGCCCGGAGGCCGCCUGCGGCGACAAUUUCCACGUGUGGAGCGAAAGUGAGGACUGCUUACCUUUUCUGCAGCUCGCACAGGAUUACAUCUCCUCCUGUGGGAAAAAGACACUCCAUGAAAUAUUGGAAAAAGUCUUCAAAUCCUUCAGACCUUUACUUGGGCUUCCAGAUGUUGAUGAUGAUGCGUUUGAAGAAUAUAACGCAGAUGUGGAAGAAGAGGAACCAGAAGCCGAUCACCAACAGAUGGGUGUCAGUCAGCAGUGAUUUUAUGAGAAGCUAAAAAAUUCGGAAGCCUUUGGUACCAGGGUCGGGUGGUCCCACGUUAGCCUGUUCGAAUUAGCACAUCACAUGGGGAUAUCUGGCUCCCAGGAUAGAAGUUCUACAAAAUGGUUUAAAAAAAAUAAUAAUAAUAAUCUGUGAUGAGCUUUGCUAAGAAGUGACCUGAAUUUUGCUCCUGCUUCAGUGGGUUUUCUAUGGAGUUGUCUUGGUAGCAUUCUGCCAUUAUCAGUCUAGUUUUGUCGCUGACUUGUCUCUUCGAUUUGUGUUUGAGUUUAGCGUUCGCUGACAUGAAUGUAGAGUACCGAGAAUGUAGGCAGCAUGUGGUGAGAGUGCCGAGUCCUCACCGGUGACCUUUCCGAGGAAACCAGCGCAGAGACCAAACGCGACCUGCGCUUUUCUUUUUAGUUCAACAGCUAUGGUUUUUGACAAAGUACCAAACUUGGAGAGAUUUCUCCUGAAAAACAGUAGUUUAAUAGUGGUCGGUACAGCAGAAGUGCGCAUGAAGGCUUAAUAAAAAUAAUGGGAAGUGGGAAAUCCAGGGGAAUAUUGGUGUCAGAUGUAUUAAUGUCGUUUUAUUGACACCUGAGUUUACAAGUGCUGGAUUGAUAACUGGGAGUAAUUAGUAUCAGCAGUACACGUUAUAACCAACCGUGGUGCUCCAACACCAUUUGAUCCAAAGCCAAACGCUGCUUUUGUACAAAUCAAUUAAAAAAUAGCCAUCACCUAUCCCACUUCUGCAUGACAACUAACUUUAAGAUUCCCUGUUUUUAAUACACUGCUAAAUUACUACUCAAACCUUGUAGCGUCAUGAAUUGAAGUGCAACUUAACUUUGAAGCCAUAAGGGUAUAAACCAACACCUGGCUCUUAAAAUUAUGCUGGACCUGUUCCUCUCCCUGGGCCUUUGAGCUAGUCUGGGCAUUUACAUCUUGUUGGAGGAAAGCUAAAAUACUACUACUUUGGCUGAUAUAAAAACUAGUGACGUUUUACUUAGCUGGGGACUUGCUCUCCAGAGGGGUUUGGCUGGGUCUUGGUACAAAGGAGAAGAUGACCCCUCGUAUUUUAUACCUAUUUGGCGUAGAUUUAAGUGACUCGGAUGAGUGCCAAACUGGGAAGAUGCAGGGUCUCUUUAUUUACUUGCCUUUUGUACUGAAACUAUAAGAAGCAAAGGGGAUUCUGUUGUAAUACAGCUGUUUUCCACAACUGAGCAAAAUGUUUCUAAAUUUACUCCUUUUUUCCAAUUUUUUAAAAAUCAUGAAAUGAAGGUCACAUGCUUAAAAAGCCCUUUUAUACAAAAUUAGCUUUAUAAAAACAAAAAGUGAGUGAAGAGAAAAUGCUUGGACAACUCCUAGAAGCAACUCACACCAUUUUGAAAACCCUGUUGUUAGCCAUGUCUCCUUUUCAAUAGAUUUUUUAAAGAUUGUUCUUCAAGGUUACUUAAGAGAGCAAGUUUUCUUGGUGGUUUACAUUGCUGAUGAUGGCUUGAGAGAUGCAUAGCACUUGAUUUUUCCGAUCUGGGGCAAAGACCUUCCAUAACUGGGACGGUGUGUGGUACCUGAGUAUGCACAGAUGUGUCUGCAACACUGUAAAAGUCAGAGUUUAAGAAUAUCGAAAAAAAGUGGAGAGAAAUAGAGCUUAAUGCAACUUUGUACAUUAUUUCGGCAUGCAGGCAUAAACAUGGUAGUCGCAGCACAUUUUCUAUGGACUAGUGACGUGAGAACCGUGGCAGUUCAUUGUAUAACACUGUACAGCAGCAAUAGGCUUUUUGCUUACUAAAAUAAAGUGUAAGACCAGUGGUUUCCAUCCCUGCUUUAAGUCCCUAAGUUUUUCUUUCCUGUCCUGCCAAAACAGAUGCCAUAAGCUUAAACAGAGCCUUGCUUCAGGAGAACCUUUCUCUUCGUAGCAUCGAAUUCUCUGGUUGCGGCUCAUACCAGUAGAUCUUUUGGGGCUGACUUUCCUCUGCUGUAACGUAGUGCAAGACAUAAUUUAGAGUAGCGCAAGCCGGAGGCAAAGUCCUGCCGUUCGGGUUUGCGGGCCACUUGCACCCGUUUUGCUUAGGUGCAGGUGGCUGGCACCGACACGCGCGUGCACGCGCCCACACGCACACCUGCACGAGCCCCAGGCACGGCUGCGUCGUGAGCUGAGCUGAGCUGCGGGGUCAGCCUGGCUGGGAAAUAACCCUCUGCCUUUUUUAUGGACAGGCAGUUUUCCAGCCGGAUCAAUCCCACCACCUGGUUCAACGCGUGGCUGCACAGAGGAGUGCUGGCACAACAGAGGGGAGGGUGCAGGGGUGGACAUGGGUGGCAGCUGAGGACCCGCAGCCAAAGGCUCCUUGCACCCCUUGCACGGUGUUAGGGGCCCAUGGCGGAGGUGCGGACGUGAUCUGAACCAAGCGCUGUGAAGGAUUGAUUCCACAAGGCUCAACUGGAGAAUCGGGCUCUGGGUGGCAGCGGGAUAGGCAGGAAUUCAUGAAAUGAGGAAAGACUGUAAGAUCUAGUGCUUAUAAUUGCAUACAGGAGGUUGUAAUAUGUACUGCACUCUGCUACCUUUCCCUGCAUGUUGAUUGAAUUGUUACUGAGCAUUUGAGCAUUAAUAUGGUUACAAGCAAACGUAAAGCUGUAAAUUAUGUAGAUAUGUUUUCUGUAUUCACUAACAACUCGCUCUUUUUUUGGAAUGCCAUAUGCCAUUUGGGUGACCUCCACACCAGCCUGCAAGUGCUGAACAGCUUGGGGGGCCUUCUGCAGCUCCCACCCCUGCAAAAUUCCCACUGAAGCCAGCGAGAUGUUGCUCGAACGGGACCUGCAGGACCAGGCGCUCCGGGGAAUGCGCGAGGCUUGGUCCUGCAGAGAGCUGAGUGCUCUCCUCCCUGCUCACUUCGCUGGGAGCCGAAUGUCUUGAGCCCUGCUGCUGAACUGAGGCAUGACCAGGCAGCACUGAGAAUAAACUGGAAUUUUAUACACAGAAAAUUUAAUUUACAUGUGUAUUAAAUGUGAAUGAGCAUUAAUAUAGAAUGUAUUUUAUCAAAAAAUAUCGAUUGCUUACUUUGACCAAAUACAUUUCUGUAUUACCACGUUACUUGUUCCAUACUUACCAAACAAUUGAAGAGAUGUGGAACUGGUUUAGUUGUAUUACAAAGUAUUUUUAUAUUU